AUGAUUUUCUCACCUACAACAAUCAAAAACAGUAUUCUACCAGUUGUUUUUAUAUUUUUUACAAUGAUUUCGUUGAUACUCCUGACGAUCUCUCUUGUUGACACAUGGUAUGAAAUUAAACUUCCAUCAAAUGGUUACUUCUAUAAAUUCAAUCUUUAUAGAUACUAUGAAUAUUCGCCAGGUGUUUUUUCAUCAGCAUAUUAUUAUGAUAUUAUUAAGAAAAAUGGAUUUGAAAAGACCAAACAUUUACAAUUGUUUGUAGUAGAGGCAAUUCUUCAGUAUUUCUGUUUCUUUUCCUUUAUAGCAUUGGUAAUUGCAAUCUAUUACUCAUACAAAAAGAAUGAAUCUAGAAAUCUAAAUCUAGCUAUAGUAUUCUCCUCGUUGCUUUCACUUUUCCAAUUGACAUCGAUUCUCUUGUUGGUAGGUCUUCCUUCUGCAUUCAAAAGUAGCAACUUUCAUUGUGGCUCUGAUAAUUGGUGCACUGCUUUAAAUGGAUCAAGAGAUGGAGCACAGUGGAAAAUCAGAGGUGGAUAUAAUUUUGCUAUUGCCCAAUUGGUACUAUCUAUGGUUUGUCUUGCCACACUAAUUAUCAGAUAUAAAUUGGACGACAGAGCAGACACAAAACAACCAAACAAAGAUAAUCAAGUCGACUUGAUUGAAUCGUCAAAACCAAAUCCCAUCAAUAUGUUUUAA